AUGUGCCUGUUGACCCUGCCUUUGACUUCACACCAUUCCAAGGAGAAGUUGUCCAUGCAGACAACUUGGAUGGAUGGGACUCAGAAAGGUGGUGACCAACCAUUGGAAUCAGAGGUCAAGGGCGGAAAAGGAAAGCAGAAGGCGGCAGCAUCAAAGAUCAUGGUGGGCUGCCUGCAACGCGAAGGGCCGUAUUUGGCGUACAACGCAGAAAGCAAGCUCAAUGGAAAGUCAUAUAUAUUCAUGAGACAGGACAACUGGGAAUGGGCUCAACGUGAAGUGCUGGAGAAACUGCAUUCCCCUACCAAGUAUCCCACACUUGACGAUUGGGAAUGGCUGAGACUUGAGACGAAGGACCCAAUUGCACAACGAUGGUCUCUCAUCAAGAUGGCAUGGAGGUUCCGACAGUUCACGCAGCACUGCUCGCAGAUGGACUACCAUCAGCAGGCCAUAAACUGGAACAUUCCGGGCUGGGCAGUCAGAGACCAAUUGACAUGGGGAAUAGGCUCGGGCCAGAUGGAAGGAUGGAUGGCUCCCCCAACUAAGCAUGAUACACUCCAAAGAUGGAUCAUGUACACAAAGAAGUAUUCGCACUUCAAUGCCUUGGGAAUAGGACGCAACUCCGUCACACACCUCCCCAACGAGAGCACACUACGUGCACGUUACCAGCUGCUCAAUCAUCUGGAACCCAAUGAGACACAGUACAGAUCAGAGUGGGUCAGGCAAUAUACCUACGCCAUCACAUUGCUGAUGGUGGUAGCGGGCGGUCACUGCCGACUUGUCGAGCACAAAGGACUACAUAUCUGGAAUGGAUGUUGUGCGAUUCCUGGCAUUGCAAGCACUCAUGCUGGAAGAGGCAGUAUUUCUCCAUACACCAACUAUGUUGCAUGUUUGAGAGUGGAAACUUCAAACUUUGUAUUUGCUGCAUGCUGGAAUGGGCAAUACGCAUCUGCUGACAUGACAUUUACCAUUCCCAACAGUCUUUUCUACACUCAAUAUCCAUCCUACACACUGCAAGACCAGUCAGAGCUAUUGCAAAAGAAAAAGAAAAAAAUUGUGACAGUCCGCUCUUGGAUGCAGGAAGUUGCAGAGAGGGGCAACACUGUGGUGUUCUGGGCCAAGGCUACCCAAGAGGGUUUGAAGGUGCCCUUUGCAAUGUGA